AUGACCGACCUUUUCGACAUUGACGCUCAGGCUGUCCGUCUCCAGCAGCGAGACAUCUCCCAGCCAUCUCUCCCCAGGGGCCAGACACUCCCGCCUCUCGCCCUCAUUCACGAUGCCUCAGCCACCCUCCCACAUCCAUCGGAUCAAAACUUCCUAUCCGGCCAGCCUGCCGCUGACGUCGCCCGGCAUAUCACGGAACACAUAGUGCCCGCGCUGUGCGGACAGUCGCAGUCCAGCCGCUAUUUCGGCUUCGUCACUGGCGGCGUCCUUCCGCUGGCUGAAUGGGCUGACAAUGUCGUUUCCCAUAUGGAUCAAAACGUACAGGUCCAUCUCCCCGAGCAGUCCGUGUCUACAAUCGUCGAGAAUGCAGCUCUGCAGAUGUUGAUAGGUCUGCUACGCUUGGAGUCAGACUGGAAGGGCCGCACAUUCACCACAGGAGCCACUGGCAGCAACGUCCUCGGGCUAGCAUGUGGGCGGGAAGCUAUUCUUCAGAAGAGGGGUGCUUCGGUGGGCGAGCUCGGUCUAUUGGGUGCUUGCGUCAAAGCAGGAGUCUCUGAAAUUCAGGUUCUCACAAGCGGCGGCCACAGCUCGCUCUCCAAAGCAGCAAGCGUAGUUGGCCUAGGGAGAGCUUCUGUCAAGGAACUUCCUCGAAGCGCAGCUCAGCCGUGGAAGCUGGAUCUUAAUGCAGUAGAAAGGGAAUUGAGUCGCCCUGGGACAGCAAGCAUCAUUGCUAUUAGCAUGGGAGAGGUCAACACUGGUGGUUACGCCCUUGAUGACGUUGACGAGUGGAAGAGGUUGAGGCAACUGGCGGAUCGACAUGACGCUUGGAUCCACGCGGAUGGAGCAUUCGGAAUCUUCUGUAGCGUUCUAGAUGAUCGAGAUGAGUACCGGCUGCUUCGCAAUCGCGUCAAGGGCAUCGAUCUAGCCGACAGCAUCACGAUCGACGGCCACAAGAUGCUCAACGUUCCAUACGACUGCGGCAUGUUCUUCACCCGCACCUCGUCCAUUCUAGAAUCCGUAUUCGUCAACCCCAACGCCGCAUACCUCUCACCAGGCCCAGCUGCCAGCAUCCCGUCUCCUCUCAACAUAGGCCUCGAAAAUUCGAGACGUUUCCGCGCGCUGCCCGCCUACGCGGUGCUCCUCAGCGAAGGACGUCCCGGCUUCGCUAACUUGUUUCACAACAUGGCUCAACUGUCUCGCAAACUGGCCGUCUUCCUGCGAGAGUCGCCAUAUUAUGAGUUGCUGCCUGAUGAGAGCGGCGAUAUUGAGGAAAUUUUCAUAAUUAUUCUGUUCAGAGCGAAGGAUAAGAAGCUAAACGAUGAAUUGGUGGCAAAGAUCAACGCGACGAGGCAGCUGUACGUGAGCGGGACCAGCUGGAAAGGCGAAAAGGCCGUGAGAGUAGCCGUGUCGAACUGGAAGGUCGAUGUCGAGAGGGAUUUCAGAGUGGUAUCGACGAUUUUGAACGACGUUGCCGAAGGAAGAGAUUUUGACAUCGAGAAAUGCUUGUAAUCGUAAGAAGAAAAAGAAUAUAGUUGUUUAAAAAUCAUAGUCGCUCGCAGUCCGAAAAUUUCGCUUCGUUCCAAUCCCUCUUCCUCCAAACCAUCCCCUCGCAUUCUCCAUUUUCCCAUCUCUCUUUUUCUUAGCCAAACUUCUUUGAUCCUCCCUUCUGCGACAACUUCUUGCUCCCCUUCUUGCCCGGCCCAAUCAGCUCGAGAUGGCCCGCUCUCUCGCCCAGCAGCGCCUCCGUCUUGGCCACCAUGCCCGAAGUGAAUUUCUUGAGCAUCUUGUCGGCGUUGACCUUUUUCUUGGGCUUGGUGACCUUGGAGGCCUGGCGCUUUGAGUGGACGGCCUUUGGCGCGGCGGCCUUGUUGGACUUCUUGACCGUGCCUUGCGCCAUGUUUAUAUUUCGUCUUCGACCUCCUCUUUCCCUGAUUUCCGGCUUUUGCUAGGGCUCCUUGCAGCGUUUUGUAGCUGCGGAUUGUUCGUCGAG